AACCCGGAGAGAACCCACCAUGCACAGGGAGAACAUGCAAACUCCAUGCGGAAAGACUCCGGGCCGGGAAUCGAACCCAGGACCUUCUUGCUGCAAGGCAACAGCUCUAUCAACUGCGCCACCGUGCAGCCCGACAUCACUCUGUAAACUCUGUUCACUCUGAUACCUCCAGGCUCUGCAACCAUCUUCUGAUGUCUAUUUAUUUCUUGUUUUGUGCUGUUUGUUUCUUCAUCUUUUUAUGUUUUUCAGAGUUAGUCUGCAACACAUAAAGUUUGCUGCUGUCCCCUUGGCUGAGGGACAGAUCCGUCUCUCUCAGGUCCAGCAGAGGACGGAUGGACUCAGUGGACCUCUAACCCUCCAACAAGCCAGAACUCGACGCAGAGCCGAGAAUUAAAUCACCUUUAUUUCCAGAGUCUCAGCUGCUCCUGGUUGUAAUUGGACAGAAACAUAAAUAUUAUAAAUCAUAUCUGAACUGAAGAAGAGGAUGAUGAAGAUUUAACUUCAUGAAAUCUAGAGUCUCCGCCUGGACUCCCAGGAACCGGGUCAGAACAGAACCUGUGCUGCUGAUUGGACCCCGUUAUGUUCGGUGAUCAGACUGGGACUGCUGGGAGGAAGAUGGUUCUGAUGGUCCGCUGACGUUCAUCUAAACUGGUUCCGGCCUGGAAACCCGGAUCCCAUCAGAACCGAACCUUUUGACCUCUCACAGAGCCACGGCUCGGCUGUUGAUGUGGAACCGGAAGUCAGUUUUCUGCCUCUUCUUCCAGCGUCUUUUUGAAAUAUGAAGCAGUAAUUUGUUCAAUGGUUAUUAAUGGAGAGGCUGUUAUGCUGCCAUCUGCUGUGUCUUCUGAGUACUGCAGUUGCAUUGCACCGUUCUAAACAAGUAAAUAAACCAAGUCACGUUGAAAUGCCUGUUCUCUUCACUCUGCAGCUCAUUGGCUGAGCUUCCGGCUCUGGCAGAGGGCCGCGCCGGAAGAAGCAGCUGCGCCGCCGCGGAUGGAGUGUCGAUCCGCCGCCGUUUCUUCCCUCAGCUGGGCGCUGGUGGUCGGCGGGGUGGCCUUCCUGCUGCGGCAGACGCGCCGCUGCGGAGAGUACGGCCGCUACGCGGAGCCGGGCGGCCGCUGCUGGCCCGCCGGCCCGGCCUGGUUCCUGCAGGAGGUUCCGGCCUUCCUGGUUCCGCUGCUGCUGCUGCUGCUGGGUUCUGCAGAACCGGGCUCUGGCACCGGGAGGUCUCUGCUCGUCUGGACCUUCAUGCUGCACUACUUUUACAGGAGCUGCGUCUACUCCUUGCUGACCCGCGGACGGCCGGUUCCUGUGAAGAUCGUCUGCUCCUCCGUGGUCUUCUGCUCUCUGAACGGCUUCCUGCAGGGACACCACCUGCUGCACUGCGCUCAGCUGCAGCACACCGGGCUGACCGGCGUUCGCCUCUCUGCAGGUAUUCUGGUGUUUGCUGUCGGUCUGACCAUCAACAUCCACAGUGACCAUGUCCUGCGUAACCUGAGGAAACCUGGGGAGUACGUCUACCGGAUCCCCCGCGGGGGGAUGUUUGAGUUCGUUUCUGGUGCCAACUUCUUUGGGGAGAUCACCGAGUGGUGCGGCUUCGCCCUCGCUGCUUGGUCCCUUCCAGCCUUCGCCUUUGCCUUCUUCACCAUCUGCUCCAUCGGGCCCAGAGCCUACCAUCACCACAGGGACUAUAAGCGGAGGUUUGAGGACUACCCCUGCUCCAGGAAAGCCAUCAUUCCCUUCAUUCUUUAGGGAUGGAGGCCCGACCCGGGAGAACUGGUUCCUCCUCCUCAGAGAACCAGUACAUGCUCCAUAAAUCCAACCCAGAGCCGUCCUCUCCUGGUGCUCCUCCGUCACUGUGAGGUUCUGGACCGGUACAGGUUGACGUUCCCUCCAUCCAGGCUGGAAUAUAGGUCAAAGGUCAGGACCCCGCACGUCCAGGCUUUUACCAUCAGGUGGCGCCACAGAGACAGAGUGGUCUGCUGCUCUGCAGUGAAACUAAAUAAGCUGAUUUGAAAUGUUACAACCUGACAAAUUUUCUUUAAAAAUAGUUCUAUAUUCACAUAUAUGCACUUUUAAUUCUUUUGUUUCCUCUAAACUUUAUGUAUUUGUCUUAAUAUCUGUACUAAAUCAUCAUAAUAAACAUUAAAGGUGAUUCAGACUGA